AUGCCGGCCACAGUCGUUGUAUUUGGACCUGACCCGGCCUCAAAUGCGCGGCUCGCUCUUGUUAUCAGCAAAGCGAAACGAAGCGGAAUGUCAAAGAGCACAAUCGAAUCUGCUAUUGCACGGGGCCAAGGCAUAUCGUCUACGGGCGCGACUCUCGAACCGGUAACGAUAGAAGCCCUUCUACCAUCAUCAGUUGCUGUCGUAAUCGAAUGUAUGACGGAUCAGAAGGCGCGGACACUGCAAGAUAUCCGCUUUUUGAUUAAACAUCAUGGGGGAACAGUUACGCCGACGAGCUAUCUAUUUAAGAAGAAAGGCAGAAUUGUGUUUGAGAAGGUCGAGGGAUUGAAUGUAGACGACCACCUAGAGCAAGCCAUUGAUGCUGGGGCGAUCGAUGUAGACAUGGACGAUCAAGGUCGACUGAAAAUAUUCACAGAACAUGCAGAUACAAAGUCCGUUGGUGACAAACUUUCAGCAUUGACUGGAUUGAAAAUCGAGACUGCCGACAUUAUUUGGGACCCAAAUAAGGAUACGAUUGUGGAACUACAAUCGGGAGAAGAUGCUGAUAAAAUCGAGGAUAUCCUUAAUACCAUUCGAGAGGACUCCAGUGUCCAGGAUAUAUAUACCAAUUCAAUUAUAGUAUAA